CGUACCUUUAAAGGGAAAGCUAAAUCAUCAAGCGUAGAUUGCAAUAAUGUCGGGGGGGGGGAGUGAAGGCAUUCCAUUGAAUGAAAUGAUUCACUAGAGACAGUUCCUAGUAUGAUAAAUUUGCUGCUCAUUUCAGGCGGCAGACAUUGUCCUGACCCAACUAUGUUGUGACUUUCACAGUAAUCGCUUCAGAAAUUUGCUUACUGAAAAGAAAUGGAUUGGACUGCACAGAUUCCAACAUUGUUCCUGCUCGUCCUUACGAUUAUAUUCAUUUUGAAAUGGGGCAGUUUCUGGAAUAGGAGCUCCAAAAAUCUCCCACCAGGACCUACACCUUUACCACUUGUUGGGAAUCUCCACAUGAUGGAUCUGAAGAGACCCUACAGAACAAUGUUAAAGUUGUCCAAAGAACAUGGCCCCAUCUUCCACAUCCAAAUGGGAUUCCAGAAAAUAGUGGUGCUGACGGGGUAUGAGACAGUCAAGGAGGCUCUGGUGAAUCAGGCGGACGCAUUUGCAGAGAGACCCAUCAUCCCAAUUUUUGAGGAUUUUUCAAGGGGUUUUGGUGUUAUUUUUUCACAUGGUGAAAACUGGAAAGUGAUGCGGCGGUUUGCACUAAGCACAUUACGGGACUAUGGCAUGGGGAAGAGGUCCAUAGAGGACAGAAUUGUGGAAGAAUGCAGUGUCCUGAUUAAGAAAUUUGAAUCUUACCAAGGACAACCAUUUGAAACCACCACAAUUAUGAAUGCUGCUGUUGCCAAUAUCAUGGCGUCUAUCCUACUAAACAAGCGAUUUGAAUACGAAGAUUCCACAUUUAGAAAACUUCUGGAGCUGUUCAAUGAAAAUAUCCAGCUUUUUGGAAGCUCCUCUAUCAUGCUGUAUAACAUAUUUCCUGCUCUUGGCUCACUUUUGGGCGCUCGUAAGACUAUCCUUCACAACAGGGAUGAGAUAUAUGCCUUCGUAAAAGCCACCUUCAUACAACACCUCAGAGAUCUGGAUGAAAACGACCAAAGGAGCUUUAUUGAUUCAUUUCUUCUGAGACAGCAAGAGGAGAAGGACAAGCCAAACGGAUGUUUCCACAAUGAGAACCUAAAAGCCGUUGUGGGUAACUUAUUUGCUGCUGGCAUGGAGACCACUUCUACCACGCUGCGCUGGGGACUGUUACUAAUGAUAAAAUAUCCUGAAAUUCAGAAUAAGGUCCAAGAAGAAAUUGCAAAGGUUCUUGGAUCUUCUCAACCAAGGAUUGAGCACCGAACGAAAAUGCCAUAUGUAGAUGCAGUGAUCCAUGAGAUCCAGAGAUUUGCUGACAUUGCCCCAACCAACCUGCCCCAUGCAACCACUGUGGAUGUUACCCUUAAAGGCUACUUCAUUCCAAAGGGGACUCAUAUCUUGCCACUACUGACCUCCGUGCUGCAUGAUGAAUCUCAGUGGGAAAAACCAUACCAAUUUUAUCCUGAGCACUUUCUUGACUCGGAAGGAAAGUUCAUAAAGAGAGAUGCAUUCCUGCCUUUCUCUGCAGGUCGGAGAGCAUGUUUAGGUGAGACUCUUGCCAAAAUGGAGCUCUUCCUCUUCUUUACAAGCCUCCUGCAGAGAUUCACAUUCCGGCUCCCUCCUGGAACAUCUCAAGAUGACCUGGACCUUACUCCUGCUGUUGGGUUCACAACACCACCCAUGCCGCACCAACUCUGUGCUCUGCCACGUUCAUAAUGAAGGGAGGGGUCUGCCAAUUGUAUUAUCGAGCUAAAUCUGAUCAUAUAGUUGCAUUGUAUAAUUCUGAUUGUGUAGCUUAGCCCCCCCCCCAUAUCCCUGGGAUGUCUUGCUUAAAAUGCUUUCUUCUUUGCCUCUCUCUGUGUGCCAAAGUGUAAUGUAAGUGAGAAAGCUUCCUAUCAAGGCCGAAUAAGCUGACCUUGUCUGGAACACAGAAAGGUUUAUCAGCGGAUGAGCUUGACGCUGGAAGCUGCUAUGCUUGACGCAUAGUCUUACUCAAGGCUGAGUGAGGAUGCUACCGGGGCAGCAUGAGUCAGCAUGUGUUUAUGCACAGGACCGGACACGGAUCUUCCUUAUAUGUACUUGUGACCCCCUUUGUGUUUAUGAGAAGGACAAGAUACGGAUUUUCCUAAUAUGGAUUUGUAACCUGUCACCCCCUUGCGUGCGCACAUUUACAGAGGAGGGGGAAAGGAACCCAAGAAGUGUAUAAGAAGCUUUGCAAAUUUGUGUUUCUUUACUCUUGUCGUGAAACAUGGAUCACUGAGAGUCCCUUAAAUUUAAGGAUUAAAUUCUUUCUCUGAAUUCAACCGCCGGUGUCAUUAUUGACUGUCUCUGUCCUGCCUGGGCGCAACUAAAGGACCCUUGGAAGCUAAUAAGGCUACAAUAAGACGCAAAGUUCAUGGCUUGGUAAGCCUCCCUGUGUGAUCAAUGCAAACCUUUUUUAAACACCCUUAUUAACUGUGAGGGACAGGGGAUAU